UGGGGCUUCUUUUGGGCAAGUGAAACCAGAUGGGGCUGGUGGGGGAGGCAGGAUGGAAUAGGGAGGGCGGGAUGCAGCAAGGAUAGGGGCCGGGCCAGAGAGGGGCUGCGGGCUCCUCCCUCCGUCACCAGGGCUGAGCCCGGGCGCUGCCUGCCCCAGUCCCCCGGUGGAGGCCUCGCACCACCCAGCCACACCCGACCUUUUCCGGCAGUCUCGGCCUCCGCCCAUCCUCCCGAGCAGGACCCCUGGAGCGGCACCUGGGCCCGGGUUCCAACCGAGGCCCGCGGCGGUAAGGCUUUGCCCGUGAAGAUGAACUGGAUGGCUGCGACAUGCUGGGCUUUGCUGCUGACCGCGGCCUUCCUCUGUGACAGCAGCACAGCCAAGGGUGGGCGUGGAGGGGCCAGGGGCAGUGCCCGCGGAGGGCUGCGCGGUAGUGCACGUGGGUCCUCAAGGGUGCGGGUGAGGCCUGCACCUCGCUACAGCGCUGCAGGCUCAUCCCUGCGCGUGGCAGCUGCAGGAGCAGCCGCAGGGGCGGCCGCAGGGGCUGCCGCUGGUGUGGUGGCAGGCUCCGGCUGGAGAAGGGCCACAGGGCUAGGUGAACACAGCCUGGAGGACGAGGACGGAGUGUCCGGUGGCAACGGGACUGGCAGGGGCGUCUACAGCUACUGGACCUGGACUUCAGGCGUUGGUCCCAAGCAGGCCACGCCCCUCUGUCUGCUGCUAGGAAGCGCCCUUGGCACCCUGGAGCUGCAGUGGCCCUAGGCCCGGCUGGGCUAGGGGUCAGACCCAGCCCCUAGCCUGCACCAUCCCUGCAGGCCCCUCAGGUCCACCCAUCCCACAGCUCGGAGUGCCCCUUCUGCUGCCCAUCGUCCUCGAGCCUUGAGGGCUACCUGGGUGAUUCCCACCAGAGGGGGCAGCAGCUGCAGCCUCUCCUACCUGUGGACAUGCUGUCUACCCUUCCCUGCUCAGCUUGUCUCUACCUGUCCAUCUCUCACCCUACAAGGGGACCAAGGCCCCCCACCCAGAGGCAGGCAGCCUGUGGCUGUGCACUGUGCAGAUUGCCCUCUACUCCCCAGCACCACCCACAGGGAGGUACCAAGACCAAGUAUUUGGGCCACUUAUGCCCACUGCCUGCACUGGACAUUAUAGUGUGGACGGGACGAUGCUGACCAACAGGCAGAGGCCACCCUCAGAUGGGCCCGGUUCUGCCAUUGAGGACUCAUACCCAAGGGCCUCCCACAGAAGCAGCUGGAAUGGACCAAAGGAUCUCAGGAUUUGAAGAAGAGAACACUCAGGCUACAAUGUGAGAAAUGUCAGGUACUAACCACCUACCCAGCGCAGGUCCUGAGGAUUUUACAGCCCAGGAAUGUUCCACGAAGGAAAGCCAUCCAUCCCAGGAAUGCCUAACAUGGUUCUCAUGGCUCCUGGAACAUGUCCUGUGAGGCCAAGGCAGCAUCCCCCUCUUCUUGGCAGAUUCCCCAGAAGACCUUCUGCCAGGGAAAGGUCUCCUUAGAGCCACUUGGUUUUAAGAUCACUGGACUCCUAGGACUGGGGCGGGGGGUGGGGGGGAGCCAUCCAAGAGCAUUCCAUUCCUUUGAAAUUUAGGUGCACAUUUGAGGAGAGCAACUGCCAAUUGCCACUAGAAAGCCCUCACUGUGCACAGGCCAAGCUACAAGGUUCCCGCCUUUCUGAUGGGCAGCAGCAUCUCCCGGUGGUCAGAUGUUACCUUGGAAACCACUAGACCUGGCUGAAGUAGAGGGGCCUAAGUGAGGGUGUGGUACUAGUGACAGCUGAUGUUCUACUCAACAAAUUGAGUAAGAGGCAACAGUUCAUCAGACCCAUGGCUACCUGUGGUCGUAAAGGCUGACUGCGCAGGGAGGACCAGCCCCCAGUAAGUACAGCCAGGUGCCUAUGUCCCUCCAAGAUGACCUAGUACAGUCUGGCCACUCAGGGAUAUCCUGAGCUGCCACCCAGAGCAGCCUCAAGGAGACACUAGGCAGUCCUAAAAAUGAUUUGCCUUUAGUUCCCACACACCUAGUGCAUAGACUGGCCCCUUCUUUCUCCAGGGCUCACCAACAAAGUGCUUGUGAACCCAGCUCAGGGGGAUGCUGGAUCUGCCAAGUUCUCUAGCUCUGGUCAUACAACCAACUACCCAGGCUGGAUUGAUUUUUCACUUUUUUGGUACCAGGGUACAAACUUGGGACCCUAUGCUUUUGAGCCAGGUGGUGGCACCACUGAGCUAAAUCCCCAGCCCUGGAUUGACUCUUCCAGGCCUCUGGUGCCCCUCAAUGCUCUUUUGAGACCCUCGUCUGCAGCUGGACUGCCCUGGGACCCAUCCCCAUCCCCAUCCCCAUCCCCUGGGCCAAGGGACAUAAGGGUUCAACCAGUGGCAUAGUGCUGAGACCAGCACCUUCCCUGCUGCCACAUGGCCAUGGGUUAGCCUACUGAUUAGGGUGCAGGCUUCAAGGCUAUUGGAAAAACUCUGGGCCAAGCUUUUAGGUUGAGGAGAGCAGUAAGUCAAAAGACAGGGCUCCCUGCAGCCUUUUGUCCACACUGCCAUUGCUCUCAGGGCACAACCAGCCUUGAUGCUCUUCUGUCCUGUCAAGACCAAGCUCGAUGUCACCAAGACGACCAACAUGCCAAGGUCUAGCCUGCCUAGAGGCCUCAAAGGCAGAUGAGCACCUUUUCCAUUGAGUCUCAAAGACCCAUCACAGCCCGUUGGCUUCUCAGAUACCCACCAGGAUGGGCUAUACUAGAUCAGACCCUCACAUAUCACAGAACACCGUGAGCAUCACAAUGUUCCAGAGGCAAUGGAAACAUCUCUCUAUGAUGCUUAUGUUGCACAUGAACCUGACUUCUUGAGUACAUUUAGCAUUUCGCACAGUCACAAAUCUUUGAACAGCCCACCUGCCCAUGAGGGUCAGCAGGAAGCAGAGUGCUGAGGGGCAAUCUCAGGACAUGUGAAUCACACAAGGAAGCUGUCUGAGAAGGCACCAGUGGAAGGCCAGCUGCACACAGCAAAGAGAAGGCUGGCCAGGUGCCGUGGCCCUGGCAGGCACUCAAGUAGCUAUAAAUGGCCAGGCCACCACUGGACAGGUGAGGCUGGAGGUACUGACCAGGUCCAACCCCACCCAGCCCAAGAGCACCUCUUGUCUGCCCAACCUAACCCUCUCUUCUUUCUAGAAGGCAGCUGCAACAGCAACACUUCCUGAAACCUGCAGGUGUUAACGAUGACCAUGAUGCUGGGACAGGCCCUUGGCACCUCCUCUGGUCCCCUCUGAAGCAGAAUGCCAUGCCACUGUCCCAUUGGCUAUGAGGUGCUGCCCACACUGCAACCCUCUGGCUUAUGCACAGCUGAGCUGUGAUCCAGCAGCCUGCCAUGGAGCAGGGACCCUGGAGCACUGAGGGGACAUGCAGUCCCUGGGUUCCACUACUCCCAACCCCUUGUCCAUGUUUGUGUGCACAUUUGAUAGUGAAGUGACUGUAAAAUAAAUCCUCUA